UCUAACAUGAUUCAGACCCUUCACAUUACAGGUGAUGUGUCUGUUUAGAAGGUACUAGGAGAGGCAAGAAGAGAAAACCUAAAGAUUUGAUUGCCAGCACGGAAUUGGACGACUCUGGGGGAAAGAUGUCUAAUGAAGUUGAUUUCAGGUCUGUGCGCUUUCUGAAGAAUGACGGGAUGAUCUGCCAGAAAUACUCCUGCAUGAAUGAAGACGAGGCUUGGAAGAGCUACCUGGAGAACCCCCUGACUGCCGCCACAAAGGCCAUGAUGAGGGUCAACGGAGAUGAAGACGGCGUCGCUGCCCUGAGCCUCCUCUACGACUAUUACCUGACUCCCAAAGAAAAGAGGAUCCUUCCAUCUGGAGCCACAGGGCGCAAUGAACUCGGGAAGAGACAUUGCCACGGGAUGGAGUAUGAGCCAGACAUUUCCUCCUUCGAAAGCUCGGCCCAUUUCAUGAAGUUCCUGGCGGAAAAUGUCUCUGUGACCCAAGAGUAUGCCGAUCUCUCCAAGAAGAAUGGUCUGGGCUUGGAGGGCCAUCCUGCUCCUCACAAGUCACCUGCCCUGCCUCCUGGCUCUAGCAAACUGGAAGCCAGCACGGAGAACUACAUGAUAACGUCGGACGUCUACGACAACAGCCCGCUCCAUUCCCUCUUCGACACGAUCCAUGUGGCUCCACCGCAGCAGCGGUGGCAGCCGGACAGCACCUUCAAAGAAGACCCUCAGGAGUCACUGAUUUUCAGCGAUAUCCUCAAGUCCCAGGCAGAAACCCCGUGCUCAGAGAGUUACUCUACUAAUGAUUCCAAGAGUGACUUUGAAUACAUGCUGGGAUCUCCCAAAGCUAUUCACAUCAAAUCGGGUGACUCGCCCAUGGCCUACCUCAACAAAGGGCAGUUCUAUCCCGUCACGCUGAGGACUGUUGGAGACGCCAAAUGUUUUCACUUGUCUUCAAAUAAAGUGAAGAGUGUUGUGAUGGUGGUUUUUGACAAUGAAAAAGUCCCGAUGGAGCAGCUGAAGUUCUGGAAGCACUGGCACUCUCGCCAACCUACAGCCAAGCAGAGAGUCAUCGAUGUUGCUGACUGUAAAGAGAACUUUAAUACUGUGCAGCAUAUUGAGGAAGUGGCUUACAAUGCCUUGUCCUUCGUCUGGAACAUUGCUGAAGAAGCAAAGGUGUUCAUUGGAGUGAAUUGCUUAAGCACAGAUUUCUCCUCCCAGAAAGGUGUGAAAGGUGUCCCUUUGAAUCUCCAGGUAGACACUUACGACUACAGCACUGGAACAAACCGGCUGGUCCACAGAGCCAUCUGCCAGAUCAAAAUAUUUUGCGAUAAGGGAGCAGAGAGGAAAAUGAGGGACGAUGAGCGCAAGCAGUUCAGGAGGAAAGGGAAAUGCCUGGAUGCCCAUCACAAUGGUCUGAAAAGCUGUUUGGUUUCAGGCUUCAGAGGCAAUGAAAUCACAUACCUCAAGCCACAGGCUGACCUGGAAACUCACCCAAUCUUGUUCAUCCCAAACGUCCAUUUUUCAAACCUCCAGAGGUGUGGAAUGGCGCUACCCACUGCUGGCCUUCCUCAUGACCCGAGCAGGUUGCCGUUAAAGCGAAGCUGCCCUUCCUUCUCGGAUGAAUUCGACCCUUUAGCUUCAAAACAAGCAAAAGAAGAAGACCCUCAACGAGUCUUGCUGUAUGUGCGGAGGGAAUCGGAGGAGGUUUUUGACGCUCUCAUGCUGAAGACGCCAGACCUCAAUGGUCUGAGGAGUGCUAUUUCAGAAAAAUACGGCCUGCCUGAAGAAAGCAUCUAUAAAGUCUACAAAAAAUGCAAACGAGGAAUCCUGGUGAACAUGGACAACAACAUCAUCCAGCACUACAGCAACCACGUGGCCUUUUUGCUUGACGUGGUGGAAGCAGAGGACAAGUUCCAGGUGACCCUCAAGGAGCUCUGAAGACUCCCAAGCCUGCAUUUCUGCUCGGACGGACGUCACUUGGGAAUUGCCGAGGAGCUCGACCCCUCCUCCCCACACCAAACCCAUCGGCUCCGUGUGUUUUGACGCCAACACGGUCCCCUUGGAGGGAGAGAACCAGAGAGAGACUUGGUACCAUGCCUGUACCUGCGAGGGGUGCUUGGAAAGACCACUCUCCAAGUGGACAUGGAACUCCUCACCACUGAGGAGUUAUUGUUAUUAUUCUUGUUAUUAAUAUUAUUUUAUACUGUUGUUAUUAUUAUUAAUAUUAUUAUUAUUAUUAUUUGAACCUCUCCCAGGCAAUGACUUCUGACCUUUUUUUAUUGGCUCAUGCUCAGGAAAGUAUUGAGUUCUGUCAGGCUACAGCCUGGGUUUGUAUGAAAUGGGACUGCUUUUUAUUCACAAUUUGUCUUGGCCCCUCAUGGGAGAGAAAAGCAACGUGCCGGUCACACAAAACUGUCCGACUCCAAAGAGACUGUCACUAUCUUGUUUCAAUCAUUCUAACACACACACACAACACAACACAACACAACACAACACAAACCCCUCCCUCACACUGCCUUAUUUCUUGCCUGCCAAGCCCUGGAUGUAAAUACCCCUGAGAGAAAUACCCAGAAAGAGUGACUGUUUUUCUAACAUGACCGAUUCUUUUUGGUAUUUUGUAAAUUGUGUGUGUGUGUGUGUGUGUGUGUGUGUGUGUGUGUGUGUGUGUGAAUAUAUCUUGUUUGAUAGUGAGCAUGACUUGGAGAAAGGGAGAGCAUUUCAAAUCCAGACUGCUUCACAUUUCCCCAAUGAGUUUGAUUGUGGGCUGUUUGUCAUUUUGUCUGGGUUUCUUUCUUUCAUUCUUUCCUUUUUUUUUCUUUUGUAAUUUUUGUAUAUUCUACGGUAAUAAAGAUGCAAUGA